AUCUAAGAAAAAAAAACAUAACUGUCACAAACAUAACCAAUAACUAUAAAAAUAUUCACAAGUUCGUAUUUCCAAGCCAGAUAAAAUUAAAUCUAUUGGGGAAUUAAAAAUUUGUUCAACUAACCAUUAAUUUUGUGCUAUUUUCAUUUUUGUUUUGAUGCCUCAUCAUAAUUAUUCAAAACAGGGUCUGGAGUUUAUUUAAUAUUCUUAUAUAGCCUAAUUAUGGGUCAGAGUUUGAGCCAGUUUACAGAAGAAGAAUUACAAGAUUAUCAGGAUUUAACAUAUUUUACAAAGAAAGAAGUUCUAUAUGCUCACCAAAAAUUUAAGGCGUUGGCCCCUGAAAAAGUGGGACACAACCGGAAUGCUAAGCUACCCAUGGCAAAAGUGUUGCAAUAUCCAGAGCUGAGGGUGAAUCCGUUUGGUGAUCGCAUUUGCCGUGUCUUCAGCUCCAGCCACGAUGGAGAUUGCACGUUUGAAGACUUCUUGGACAUGAUGUCUGUAUUCAGUGACGCCGCACCCAAAGCAGUUAAGGCUGAACAUGCGUUCAGGAUAUUUGAUUUUGACGGAGACGACAUGUUGGGCGUGUCAGAUCUACGGCAUGUGAUCGACCGACUAACCGGUCCCCAGCGGCUCUCUGAGUCUGAUACGCAACUGCUGAUACAGAACAUACUGGACGAGGCAGACCUCGACGAUGAUGGUGCAUUGUCCUUUGCCGAGUUCGAACACAUCGUGGACAAGUCUCCAGAUUUUGCCAAUGUGUUCCGCAUUCAACUUUGAACUUUUGAAGAUAAAAUUUAAACACAAAAUAUUCUAGUCAGAUUUUACCAUAAAUUAAUAUUUAAUUUAUAAUAUUAUGCACAAAAAUGUAUUUUAUUUAUCAUUAUUGUCUUAUAGAUUUAAGCUACAGUGAGAUUAAUGUUGUGAUAAUACUGUGUAUUGCUGUAUGUUAAAAAAUAUAUACUUUUAUUUAUUUCCUAAA